GUUUGAUGUAUUAGGGGGUGGGAAUUCCCCACCCUUCGAAUACUUAACCUUGAAAUUCAAUCAAUUUAUAAAAUUUCUUUACUAAACUUUUAUUACUAGCAGUUGUUACUUUUUGACCAAGUGGAAAAUAAUACGAAAGAGGGAUUUUCAUUGUAUCUUGUAUUUGUAAGUGGGCAAAUUAUCGUUUUUUUAAUUAAAUGACAAUUAAUAUUGUUUAUUUUGAUGGUUCGGUAUGAGUGGAUGAGAACCACUGUUCAGGCGAAUCUGAAGUGUGCGGGCGCGUGUGUUAAAAUUGCCAUGCCUUUCAAGAAGGGUAUAAAUAUUGGGAAAAAGUGUUGAUUAUUUAUGACCGAUAAUUAAGGUUUCUUUGAGCUACUAUUUGGAUAUAUAGACAACAUUAAUUACGUGCUUGCAAAAUGCCGAAGGGAAAGUCGAAAAAGUUUAUCGACAAGAAGAAUUCAGUCACAUUCCAACUGGUGCAUCGUUCACAAAAGGAUCCUCUCGUAGCCGACGAAGAUGCUCCCCAACGUAUUUUCAUGCCCGUUGAAGAUCCACAAACAGCCAAGCAUCAGAAGAAAGUUGAAGCUGGAAAGAAAAAGGAAGAACUCGAAAAGUUUGGAAUUUUCUACGACGAUGAUUACGAUUACAUGCAGCAUUUGCGCCCUGUCGAAAGAUCCCUCGAAUGGGAAAGAGUGGAGAACCCCAACGACAGUAAAAAGGAAACUGAAAAAGAAAAACCCAAAAUUAGUUUGCCCCCAACCGUGAUGGAAUCAGAAGAACAGGAAGAAGUGGGUCUUCUCAACAGAGCAAUACCAACAGGACUUCGGUUAGAUUUAGAUCCUGAUGUAGUCGCUGCUUUGGACGACGAUUUCGAUUUCGAAGAUCCUGAAAAUCAGCUGGAGGAUGAUUUUCUCGAUUUGGCUGGCGGUGUCAUAAAAGAGGGCGAAAUGGAUGAAAAUGAUUAUGAGUUUGAUGAAGAGGACGAGGAUUACGAUGACGAAUCAGAAUUGGAAGAUGAUUCAAGCGGUCAUAUGGAAGUUUCCGGCGAAGAAGGAGACGAAGUCGCUAGUCUCAAUGGAAAACAAUUUACUUUCAAAGACGAAGAAACAAGAUCGAGGUUCACUGAAUAUUCGAUGAGCAGUAGUGUCAUAAAAAGGAACAAUCAACUCACUUUGCUGGACGACAGAUUUGAAAGGCUGUACGCGCAAUACGAUGAUAAUGAGAUUGGUGCACUCGACUGCGAAGAAAUUGAAGGCGAUUGUGACACAGAUGUUGAUCAAUUGCUCCAACACGUAGAGAAAGCGAAGAAAGAGCAAAAGGAAUUCCAAAGCGAGACCAAAGAUAUCGCAAAGUUGAUGAAGGACCGAUUGAAGCUAAUCGAACAGGAAAAUCCAAAUUCCGAUGACGAGCUGGAUCUCACGAAACUUGUCGUAGAAGCUCGAGAGAGGGACAAAUGGGACUGUGAAAGUAUUUUGAGUACCUACAGUAACAUCUACAAUCACCCGAAACUUAUCCACGAACCAAAAGGUCCUGGGAAAAUAAAAAUUGAUUCGAAAACUGGAAUUCCGAAGGAUGUGUUGGGUUCUGGGAAAUUAACUGCCAAGAGUUUGGCUCAGUUUGAUUCGAUGAAAGAGAGAGAAAUGCAGAGUGGACCGCAAUCGGUCGCAGAAACUAUGAGGUCGGUUGUAAGUGUACUGAGUAUUAGGCCCAAGGACGAGGCGCCAGAAGAGAGAAGAGAGAGAAAAAAGGCUCUGAAAGAGUACAGGAAAGAGAGGAGGAUUGAGCGGAAGGCAAAUACCGAAGCGUUCAAGGAAGAGAAGAUCAGACAGGAAAAGAUUCUGCUGAAUAACAAGAAAAAUGUUCAAGGAAAUCGGCUAUUUUAAGUUUUCGAUAAUUAUUAUUGCCUGGAGGUUCCUGGAAUUUUGAAAACGUUCCAUACAUGAUGAUUUUCGGUGGAUUUUUUUGGUUUCAUAAAAUUGAGUACAUUUGCAAUUUUAAUAAAAAUGUGAAAAAGAUAUAAAUUUAGUAUUUUGAAUAAAGGAUAUUGAUUACUAUAAUCUUUUUU